GAGGAUUUAAAAAAGAAAUUCAGUAUGACCUAGUUGGCUUGAUAUGUGGAAAUUUUAUAAUGUCUUCUGGAACAAGUAUCAGCAGAAAUAGGCAGGCUCCCAGCCUGCAGGGUGUUGACCCAGAAACAUGCAUGAUAGUGUUUAGAACACACUGGGCACAGGUUCUGAAAAUCAUCGAGAAGCACCUUCCUUUGAAAAAUACUCAGGCAAAGUAUGGGGCAAUCUCACCUGAUGAGGCCAGCACUGUGCAUGCUUUUCUUAUAAUUGAGGAGCAAGCAAAACAUGCCUUGAUGGAGCCUAUUCUGGAGCUUGUGAUCUCAGAAAACAUCAUGGAGAAGCUUGUCCUUUGGAGCCUGUGGCAAGAGUUCACCGAUGAGACAAAAAUUGAGCAACUCAAAAUGUACGAAAUGCUCGUAACCCAGUCUCAUCAGCCUUUGCUGCAUCACAAGCCCAUUUUGAAGCCUUUGAUGAUGUUGCUGAGUUCCUGCUCAGGAACAACCACUCCAACAGUGGAAACAGAGUUGGUUGUCCACUUGAACAACUCUAUAAUAGCGAAAGAUGCCUCCAUUUUAGAACUGUUUUUUCACACUAGUGAGGACCAAGGAGAUGCCGAUUUCCUCAUUUUUUCCCUGCUGAUUCCCUUCAUCCGUCGAGAAGGGACAGUAGGCCAAGAGGCCUACAGGAGGAGUAAACCAAAGGAUGAACUGCUUUUCUUGUCUCUGUCUGCAGAAAACAACCCUGUUGCAAACCACAUAGCAGAAAACACCUAUUUUUGCCCAGUGUUAGCAACAGGACUAAUUGGCCUCUAUUCAUCUUUGCCUACAAAGCUGUAAGAAAAAGGAGAAGAAUAUCUGAUGAAAGAUGGCGGGUUUUUGUCACCAGCCCUUGUACAAUUCAUGAAUUCCCUUGAAUUUUGCAAUGCUGUGAUUCAGGUGGCACAUCCCUUGAUAUGCAACCAGCUUGUGAAUUACAUUUACAAUGGAUUUUUGUUGCCAGUAAUGGCUCCCGCGCUACAUAAGGUGACUGUGGAGGAAGCGAUGACUAUGACUGCAUACGUGGACCUCUUCUUGCACAUCAUUUUGGAGCCAGAUCUCCUCAAGAUUUUCCUUCACUUUAUUUUGCUGUACUGACAGGAGAAUGUUCAUAUCCUGGAUACACUUACCAGCAGGAUCAACACACCAUUCCGGCUGACAAUGUUUAUCAUUUUCCAUCUCUGUGUGGUCUCCUUGGCAUUGUUCAGAACUCUCAUUGUCUUGCAUUGUGAAGAUGUGAUGUUACAGCUAGUUCUAAGGUAUCUGAUCCCAUGCAACCACAUGAUGCUGAGCCAGUGGGCAGUGGUGAGAGAUUGUUACUCUGUAUCUGCUGCAAAACUGUUGGUCCUCUCACCUCUCUGCUGCUCCGCUGGAAUCACUCUGACACUUGAAAGUCAAGGAAAAGACUAUAUUCUCUGGACAAAACCAGCACAAACUAAAGAUACUGGUAGGUGUUAUUUUGAAUCUGCUUGCAUUGUGGAAUAUGGAAGGGCUGUGGGCAUCAGCUACUUGCAGUAGCUGGGGGAAGCCAUCAUGCAGUGCAUGAAAGACUGUGAGGUUUGGUCUGCCUUGUAUGAUGGAGUAAAUCCUGAUCCAAACACCUUUAUCCAGAUGCUUGCAGAGGAGAACAGUACAGAUGUGGAAUACCCCAUGUUUCAGCUCCAGCAAAGGACACCUAGUACAUGUAGUUCUGUGCAAGCAGCUUUGUUAAGUGAGAAGAUGCAGCUAGAGCAUGAUAGCUAUGGCACAGGGAUUUCUCCUAGUUAUGUGAGCUCACCACAACCAUAUGAUGAUCUAGGAAGCACAGAAAUGUAGCCACCUGCAGAGCCACCAAAACACAUUCAAGAAAUGAAAAAAAAUACCAUUAUGCUCAUCAAAGGCUCUUAUAUAGAGGAGUCAGACUUUCAGGAUGAUAUGGUUUACAGGUUAUGUGCCCAGAAGGAUACUCAGGAUGAUGACAGCUCCAAGGAGAAAUUAAAUGUAGCCAGAGAACACAAGGUGCAGGGCCAGACCAUAGUCAAUGGGUCUCUUGCAAAGACCCAGCUGGAUGACUUAGAUGAGCACAGUAAGAGAAAUUCAAGCUCAACUAAAGGUGUAAUUAAAGAACAAAUAAACCAGAAAAUGACUGAGAUUGAUCCAUAGCCAGACUUAAAGAUUUCUUCUCAGGAGGUAGAUUGUAACUUAAGUGUAAAACUAUUGAGCACAGAUGGUGAAGAUUUCAUUGCACAGUAUGACAGAAUUAUUAAGGAACUGGAUCCAAAUAGUGCAAGCUUGGAGGAGCAGAAGUUGGACGCUCCUGAUCCUGUCUCUCCAGCAGAAGAGGACUUUGAGAAUUUCUCAGCAGAUACCCCUUCUGCAGAGAGCAUAUCAUCUCCCUUUGGACCAAAGGAGGAUGUCUCUCCCAAGCACUCUCCAAGGAGCCAGAAUGCUCUGUUUACAGGACCAUUCAUCAGCGUAGUAUUGUCGAAGCUGGAGAACAUGUUGGAGAAUUCCUUGCAUGUAAAUUUGCUGCUUAUUGGAAUUAUUACUCAACUGGCAAGUUAUCCACAGCCACUUCUUCGCUCCUUUCUGCUCAACACCAACAUGGUGUUUCAGCCUAGUGUGCGCUCACUCUAUCAGUCUUUAGGUAAUGUCCAGCACAACAUCAACACAGGGAAAGGAAAGAAUCUUCCCGAAACUCAGCCUGCUGUACUGCAGCCUUUCCUGGGACAGAAAGGAAAGAAAGGCCUCGCUCAUCCCAGCCUUCCUGUGCAUGUGAGGAACACUGUGCUUGCAGCUGCCCUUUUCCCAGAGUUCCUGAAGGACCUGGCAACUCUAGCCCAGGAACAUUCCAUUUUAUGUUACAAAAUAUUGAGGGAUUUUGAAGAUUAUUAUUAGUGGGUUUUUAAAAU